AUGAUAUGCCCAGGCAAGGGAAGCCCUGUGUACUCUGAAUCUUAUCUUAACACCAAAACACCUUCAGCAUCCAACCAGGCAUCUGACCCUGAGGAAAAUGGGAAGGCUAGCAGCACCAAGACGGCUGAGGAGGAGGAAGAGAUUGACAUUGACCUGACCGCACCAGAGACAGAGAGCUGCCCUUGCCAUUCAGGGCAAUUCCGAAAAUUCCAGAAAAGGAAAAAGGACUCCAGCUCCUGA